UUUCAUUCAUAAAAUUCCAACUCACUAUAAAAGGUGGGCCUCUGCACAGUCUGCACAGAGUAACCGCGUUCACGAGACGAACCGACCAAUUGAAGACCUCGCUUAAUUGGGACGAAUACAAGGGGGUCGAAGCAUUCUCUACAAUCGACAAAGGUACGACACAUUAUAGGCCUAUAUAUAGUUCGCUUAUGUUGUAAUCGCCGACUGCCAAGAUGUACCAGGGAUCCAGCCCUGACCACGACGCGUCAUCCAGCUGUAGCGGGGACAGCCCUGCGCGCGGCGGCCAGCCUCCUCCUCCCGGCUCGCUCUCGAGCGCAUCCUCAAUGGACAGCCUCAACCAGGACCCCGACUCGAGUGACUCCUUUGUUCCGACGGUGACCGCGAUCUCCACGUCUCCCGAUCUGAGGUGGAUGGUGCAGACCACCACCACCUCCUCCACCCAUUCUCCUUCCCGCGGAGGUGCACGAGCCAAAGGCCGCUCGAAGGAGCACACCGGCGGGAAGAAGGGGAAGAAAGACCAGCCUUCCAAGGAGGAGGAUGAGAGGAGGAAGAUUCGGAGGGAGAGGAACAAGAUUGCCGCAGCAAAGUGUCGUAACAGACGGAGGGAGCUCACGGACACGCUGCAGGCGGAAACCGACGUGCUUGAGGAAGAGAAAGCGGCGCUGCAGACGGAAAUAGCCGAUCUCAUCAAAGAGAAAGCGCGCCUCGAGCAGGUGCUCGCCUCUCACGAGCCCGGGUGCGCGCGUCACCCGAACGAACAAGAGCGCCGUUUGGACGACGCGGUGCUCGAUGCGACUUCCGGGAUGGAUGGCGAGCUGGGGGAGGAUAAGGAGGAGGAGGGUGAAGACGAGGAUGAUGAUGGGGGUGAUGACGACGACGUGAGUCCCAUGCAGCAGGAGCCCCCGGCGUCUCCGCCCCCGACCCCGCUGCUCUCCCUGUGGCCCGAGGGCGAGAGCCUCUCCGAGGGGCCCGGCGAGGGAGAGGGCGGCCCCCCGCUGGGCCCCCCCCAGGACCUGGACCCCCCGCCGCCCCCCUGCGCCGCCGCCGCCAUCCUGGGGAACUCCGACAUCCUGCUCUGCUCCAGCGCCGAAGAGGAGGAGGAGGAGCCUCAGGAGGAGGAGGGGGAGGAGCCGGAGCCGCUUGAGGACCUGAAGGUGGACGACCUGGACGACCUGGUGCCCAGCCUGGAGAUGAGCGCCCCGGAGGAGGAGGAAGGGGUGGGGGGCGGGGGGGGCGUGUCGCUGGGGUCCGUGGGCGCGUCGGUGCCGGACAUCGACCUGGGCGGCACCUUCGGGCUCCCGGACUGGGAGACCCUGUACCGGUCCGUGGCUCAGGACCUGGAGGCCCUGGGGACCCCCCUGGUGUCCUCCAGCCCCACCUGUGGCUACCACUCCGUGUUCUCCUUCAGCGGGGCCGAGAUAGACUCCCUGCAGGCGGAGGACGACAGCCUGGCCCUCAGGGGCCCUGCUGGGGGAGGCCUCGGCGCCGGGGGCCCCGAGUUCACCAAGGAUAGCCUGAACUCUCCCACACUGCUGGCCCUGUGAACGCAAGAUAAGGGCCCCUUAUGCAACUGGUUUAUUAUGUCACUGACAGUCAAUGGUUUUAUAACCAGCAAGCUAUAGUCUCUCUCUCACUCUCUCUCUCUCUCUCUCUCUCUCUCUCUCUCUCUCUCUCUCUCUCUCUCUCUCUCUCUCUCUCUCACUUUUUUUUUCUCUCUGUAUACCUCUCUCUGCCUCUCUACUUCUCUCUCACCCUCCCUCUCUCCCUCCACCUCUGUCUUGCAUUCUCUCUUUCUCUCUCUCCCUCCGUCUUAAGAUCUGUCUUUCUCUCUCUCAUGCUUUGUCUCUCUACCUCUACCUUUGUCUUCAUUCUCGUGUUCUCUCUCUCUGUCUCUGCAUCUCUUUCGCUACCUCGCCCUCCCUUCUUCUCUCUCUCUCUCUUUCUCCAUCUAUCGCCCAGCCUCUCCCUCCCUCCCUCCCUCCCUCCCUCCCUCCCUACCUCUCUCUCUCUCUUGCCCACCCUCUCUCCCUCUCGCUCCGAUACUGUUUUGUGGUGCAGAUGUGUUGAUGUUGUGUGGAGCCUCACAUCAAGGAAACCCUGUAACGUCUCCGUUCCCGUAGCCGUGACACAGGGUUUGACUCUUCCGUCCACUGAUGGUGCUGCAGAAGGCAGUGAGUGCUGUUACUCCUCUGGAAUGAUAUCUCGUGGUGCCGGUGUCAAAAAGUGCAUGCAAAAAAAACAAGAGAAUCAUUUUAGUGUCUGCAUCAUCUUCUUCUUGCAUUUUGUUCAUCCCUUAAUGUAAUGUGAACCUAGGCUGUUUCUCAAUAUGAUGUGAAUACUGUUUACAAGUUGUGCUGUUAUAAGUGAAAACGACAGGUCGACAAAUGUGUAGCGUAUACAACUAUCAUCCGACUGUUUGGUGUCAAUGGACUUCCACGAAAAAGCAUUCUGUCAUGUAUUUUAUCCAGAUGUAUUUUAUGGCAUAGUUUAUUUUUUUACUUAAUCAGAUGCAAAAAAUAUAUAGCUGAAAAUGGAAAAUAAAUACCAAUGAAUCACUA